AUGGCAGGGAACUAUAUCAUGUAUUUAACCGGCCAGCACCCUCACCCCCCCUCCGACAUUUCCCUUAUCAACCCCAUAACCCAUGUCGCCCUGGCAUUUAUGAAUUCAGCUCUUUUCAACAAGGUGCUCACGGACCCUCCCACAACCAAGCCCGAGUGGGAGAAAAAGUUGUUCACCACGGUGGAUAAAGUGCGGAAGCAGUUUGCGCCGGGCACGAAGGUUAUGAUUGCCAUUGGUGGAUGGGGGGAUACGAAGGGCUUUUCUGAGGCGGCGAGGACUGUGGAAGGGAGGAAGAAUUGGGCGGCGAAUGUGGCGGCGAUGGUGAAAGAGAUGGGGGCGGAUGGUAUUGAUGUGGACUGGGAGUAUCCUGGGGGCAAUGGCGCGGACUAUAAGCAAAUACCCAAUUCCGAAAAGAAAUGGGAAAUCGACGCCUACCCAUGCCUGCUCGCCGAGCUGCGCUCUGCCCUGGGAUCUGAUAAAACAAUCUCAGCCGCAGUCCCCGGCCUACCGCGGGACAUGCUGGCCUUCACUCCAGAGACGCUCCCAAGCAUCCUCGAAUCUGUAGAUUUCUUCAACAUCAUGACGUACGACCUCAUGAACCUACGUGACACCGUCACGAAACACCACACAGGCCUAGCCCUCUCCUUGGAAUCGAUAGACGCAUAUAUAGCAGCUGGCCUACCGCCCUCGAGAGCAAAUCUCGGCUUCGCUUUCUACGUCAAAUGGUUUCGCACUGAGGCUCCGACUAAAGGUUCCGGCUGCGACAAGAACCCCAUCGGCUGUAGGACGGUCCUGCUGGAAGACCCAAACACGGGCGAAAGCACAGGUCAGGCGGGAGCUUUCUCCUGGAACGAGCCGGCGCCCGGCGAAGUCGCCUCGUCGUUCGAGCGAGCCUUGGCGGGCGGUCGGUAUGAUGAUUACGUUCCUAUUCAUUAUGGAGGGGUGGGUGAGGGUGGUGGACACUACUUUUGGGAUAAGAAAGAGAAUAUCUGGUGGACGUGGGAUACGGGGGAAGCUAUUAAGAAGAAGAUGCAACCUAUCAUGGUGGCGAGGGGUUUGGGUGGUGCCUUUGCUUGGGGGUUGGGGGAGGACGGGCCGAAAUUUACGCAUCUGCAAGCCUUGGGACAAGGAUUGAAAGAGAUUGGGAUUGUGAAGUGA